UAACUUAUCCUCCCACAUUGAGCUGUUUAGGUCGCUAAGCCUUCAAUCGUCCAAAACUGCAAACACGUGAUAGCCGAUUUUCGUUUUUUGACAAAUAGAUAAAUUUUGAGAUCCCGUCAGAUUUUGAAACCGGGUUUGAACUCGUUUAAAUAAAACGAUGGCUUCUAUUAGUUACGUGAAUCCGAAGGCGGAAUACGUGAAAGCCGCCCAGGCGUUGAACCUCAACAUCACAGCGGCCCGGGGCCUCCAGGACGUGAUGAAGACCAACUUGGGGCCGAAAGGGACGAUGAAAAUGCUCGUCUCCGGGUCCGGCGAAAUCCGCAUCACGAAAGACGGAAACGUUUUGCUGCACGACAUGCAAAUUCAGCACCCUACUGUAGCCCUUAUUGCACGAACUUGCACUGCCAUGGAUGACAAUACUGGCGAUGGUACGACCUCUACAGUACUAAUGAUCGCCGAGUUUUUAAAACAAGCUGAUAUGUACAUAUCAGAGGGUGUUCACCCAAGAACAAUUACAGAAGGUUUUGGUUUGGCUCGCAAUCAUUGUUUGAAAGCUCUUGAAAAUUUCAAAUUGCCUUACAAUGGAGAGAGGGAUUUAUUGUACGCUGUAGCGAAAACGUCACUUAAUACCAAACUUCCUUCUCACCUGGCCGAUAUCCUGACAGAUGCAUGCGUUGAUGCUGUCCUUGCGGUUAAAGAAAUCGGAAAUUCCAUUGAUCUCCACAUGGUUGAAAUUAUGACUAUGAAAUCCAAGUUAGAAACUGAAACAAAAUUGGUUGAUGGCAUUGUCUUAGAUCAUGGGGCUCGUCAUCCGAAUAUGCCCAAACGAUUGACCAAUGCAUACAUUCUCACUUGUAAUGUUAGCUUGGAAUAUGAAAAGACUGAGGUGAAUUCAGGAUUUUUCUACAAGUCAGCUGAAGAAAGAGAUAAACUUGUUUUGUCUGAAAGGGAAUUUAUUCAAAAGAGGGUUAACAAGAUAAUAGAAUUGAAGAAGAAAGUCUGUGAUGGUACCGACAAGGGCUUUGUCGUCAUAAAUCAAAAGGGAAUUGACCCGAUUUCUCUAGACGCUUUAGCGAAAGAGGGAAUUUUGGCAUUGAGAAGGGCUAAAAAGAGGAAUAUGGAAAGAUUGACCCUUGCUUGUGGAGGUGCUCCAAUGAACAGUGUUGAUGAUUUAACUGAAGAUUGCUUAGGGCAUGCUGGUCUUGUUUAUGAAUAUGUUUUGGGUGAAAAUAAGUAUACUUUUGUAAUGGAAUGUGCUAAACCACAGAGCGUUACCAUCCUUAUCCACGGACCAACACAAUACGCAAUUACUCAGAUAAAAGAUGCAGUCCGUGACGGUUUGAGGGCUAUCAAGAACACCAUCGACGAUGGUUGCUUACUUCCUGGCGGUGGUGCCAUUGAAGUAUCGCUUAGACGUGAACUGCUUAAAUACGCUGACAGCAUUACUGAUAGAAAUAAAGUUGGUAUCAAAGCAUUUGCAGAUGCACUUCUUAUAAUCCCGAAAGUACUUGCUGUGAACGGAGGCCAUGAUCCUCAGGAAAUUAUUGGUUUGCUCGAUGUCGAAUCAAAGGAUUCUCUUAAGUUUCAAUUCGGAUUGGACAUUGACACCGGCAAACCUAUGAUUCCGAGUCAAGUCGGAGUGUACGACAAUUUUUCUGUUAAACGGCAAUCCAUAAUAUCAAGUGUUGUCGUCGCCAGCAAUCUUCUCCUUGUUGAUGAAGUUAUGAGGGCUGGUUUAUCUUCCCUCAAAGGAUAAAAAUAAUUUGUCUUUAACUACUUACCGCUUUAUUGCUAUUUGCUUUAUUUAACCCAGUUUUUUGUUUUUUAAGUUAAUAUAUAGUUUCUAAAAGGUUUAUCCUUGAACACCUAAUACUACAUUACACUAUAAUUUUACAGCUGUAAAAUAAAAUUAUUUUUCAAGUUUUUUAA